AUGACAAGUCUACGUCAAAGGAUUACAAAAGGCAAGAAUACGCCCAAUGAAAAAGAUUCUUCCGAUUCAACGCCAGUUCAGAAUAUCAGUGAACUUGUGAUUGUCAAGCAGAGCGAGGGCCUGAUAAAACCGUCUCGUAAUCCGCGACUUAACUCUCGCCAGUCGUCACGCGACUCAGGCACGUCUUCCAACGAUGGUCCAACCCAGCCGUUGAUGCCGCUGCAUCAACGCGGCUGUAGUGUCCCGGCCAUCAGUCUUCUGGCCAGUCACAGACUCAUCUCAUCACAACCGGUUACCCCGCAGGUGCAAGCCAUUGUCCGUGAUCGGUCGGCAUCCCCGAGGCCUGAAUCGUCUGCUGCCGGGCCUAGUCGACUUCGGGAACCAGACUGCGCCGCUGCCUACGACUUGACUUCCCUGUACACCAGCUCGGAUAGGCAACCCAUGGGUUCGGAGAGCACAAAUGAGUCUCUGGCAGUCAAGGAACUUGUGAGCAUCUCGAAAUAA